AUGGAGGCAGCAGUGGUUGCUGGCUGCGGCGAAGUUGUCAAGAAGCAGCUUAAGGUUGGCGGCUUGAGCAGGGUCAGCCCUGUUGAUAAUAAGGGUGUCAUCGGCAUACUGGAGAACAGGGCAGGGGAGGUGUCAUGCCUGAGGAGCACGGGUUCAGCUCGUUUCGGCUGCAGCUUCCCCUCCAUCGUGGCCUCCUCUUCGUCUGCCAGGAGCAUCGAGCCACUUAGAGCGGUUGCUACACAGGCGCCCCCUGCCGUCCCACAAUAUUCAAGUGGGGAGAAGACCAAGGUUGGCAUCAACGGGUUUGGACGGAUUGGGAGAUUGGUCCUGAGAAUUGCAACCAGUAGAGAUGAUAUUGAAGUUGUGGCUGUCAAUGAUCCUUUUGUUGAUGCUAAGUACAUGGCGUAUAUGUUCAAGUAUGACUCCACCCAUGGCCCAUUUAAAGGAUCCAUUAAGGUUGUGGAUGAUUCAACCCUGGAGAUCAAUGGGAAGAAAAUCACAAUCACGAGCAAAAGAGACCCCGCAGAUAUUCCUUGGGGUAACUUUGGAGCUGAAUAUGUUGUUGAAUCUUCUGGUGUUUUUACGACGAUCGAGAAAGCAUCAGUACACUUGAAGGGUGGUGCUAAGAAGGUGGUGAUAUCUGCUCCAUCUGCAGAUGCUCCCAUGUUUGUAGUUGGUGUCAAUGAGAUGAGCUACGAUCCCAAGAUGAAUGUUGUUUCUAAUGCAAGCUGUACCACCAACUGCCUUGCUCCUCUUGCCAAGGUUGUUCAUGAAGAAUUUGGCAUUCUUGAAGGUCUCAUGACAACUGUUCACGCUACCACAGCCACCCAAAAGACUGUUGACGGUCCCUCAAUGAAAGAUUGGAGAGGUGGACGUGGUGCUGGCCAAAACAUAAUUCCUAGCUCUACUGGGGCAGCAAAGGCUGUUGGGAAAGUCCUCCCUGAGCUAAACGGAAAACUUACUGGCAUGGCUUUCCGAGUUCCAACACCAAAUGUCUCUGUGGUCGACUUGACCUGCCGGCUUGAGAAAAGUGCCUCAUAUGAUGAUGUGAAAGCAGCCAUCAAGGCGGCAUCAGAGGGUGCACUGAAAGGCAUUCUUGGCUACACAGAUGAGGAUGUGGUAUCCAAUGAUUUUGUUGGUGAUACAAGGUCAAGCAUAUUUGAUGCUAAUGCUGGCAUGGGACUGAGUUCUUCCUUCAUGAAGCUCGUGUCGUGGUAUGACAACGAGUGGGGCUACAGCAACCGAGUCCUGGAUCUGAUAGCCCACAUGGCUCUUGUAACUGCCAAGCACUGAUCAGUCCUUUAAUAGUAUAGUAGUCUGUGAAGGCUGCAGUUUUGACGGUUCUUUUCUGUUCCGUAUUUAUUAGCCUUUUUGUGGCUUUGAAAACAAGAAGAGAUGGCUACUCGGAUCCAUGACUUGUUUGUAGCAGGAGACGAAGAAAAUGUACCGUAGCGUUUUGAGCCCGUGGUGGGAACUGUUGAGUGAAUCUCAUAUAUGUUGGUGACAUGAUCUGUUGCUUAAAGAAGCAAAAAUAAUUGUACGUUUUUUUCAUAUUAUUUCACAACUUUAGAUGGAUUUGUACCAAGUUCGAAAAACAGGAUCAUAUCUACCAGUUUCCAAAUA